CACACGCACACCGACUGCUGCCCGCUCCGUGACGCAACAGACGAGGAGGCAGAGGCAAAUAAAAGAUCCCCAGGAUGAGAACCGUCCGGGUUGCGAAGCAUAUCUAAUUUCCCAGCCGAUCGCCUCCCGCUGUUGUCACCCACCCAAACCACCGUUGACAUUGACCAUCACCACCGCUGAACCACCCUACGGAUACACUACCUACGCUAGAAGAUACUACUCCGAUAUUGGACCAGGGUCCAAAGUCCCCAAAUCGCCAGGUGGCAUCUCAAUCCUUCCACGCCCUCUCUGACUCUUUCCACUCUCUCUCUCUUUCUCUCGCCCUCCGGCGAUGACGGCUGCCUCGUGCCUGUUGCCUUGCAUCUAGUGCGAUUAACCACCUUUGAAGAAUAUACUCUAUUCGCUCCGCGUCCUUCGUGGCCGUCUUCAACGUUCAAUCCUUGCAACGAGCUGCGGCCCGCCAACACGCGCCACACCGCAUCCACGACACUUCCCCCUCUCUCGAAGACGACCCCUCCUUGGGGAACCUGAAGCUUUACCUUACUCGUUUUCGAACCGAACCUGCGAACUAUAAGAGCCGGGAGAGUAGACUCGCGCGACCGGGAAUCGACAAUGGGCUGGAGUGCUUUCAUUGGCGCUCUGCUGGUGGCCCUCGCACCGGCACUAUACAUAUACUUGGUUCCGCUGCUCACGCCGCGCCUGCCGACCCUGGAGGAUAAAAGAAUAUGUCUCCUAAUUGCGCACCCGGACGAUGAGGCCAUGUUCUUUGCACCGACCGUCCUGGCCCUUACCAAGCCUGAGACCGGCAACCACGUCAAGAUCUUGUGUUUGAGCUCAGGUGACGCCGAUGGUCUGGGCGAGACUCGUAAGAAAGAACUGGUCAAGAGUGGUAUGAAGCUCGGUCUGCAGCAAGAGCAAGACGUCUUCGUCAUUGAAAGCCCCGACUUCCAAGACUCCAUGACCAACGUCUGGGACAAGACCAAGAUCGCCUCCCUCCUCGGCCGCGCCUUCGCCCCGCAGCUUGCACGGCAGCGCGCUGCCGGCGAGGAACCUGACGCCAACAUUGACGUCCUCAUCACCUUCGACUCGCUCGGCGUCUCCUCCCACCCGAACCACAUCUCGCUGUAUCACGGCGCCCGCGCCUUCAUCGCCGCCCUCUCCGCCGACCCGCGCUGGCCCUCCCCCGUCGACCUGUACACCCUGACCUCGGUUUCCGUUGCCCGCAAGUACAGCAAUUUUCUCGACGCGAUACCCACGCUGUUCUCCUGGGUCACCACGGCCGGCAGCAACCCUCCAAAGCCGCCCAAGAAGCCGAAGAAAGACCAUGAUGAUGACGACGAUGACAGCGAGUACGGGGACGAGGACGAGAACGACAACUACCACCCGACCGCCCUCGUGUUCCUCAGCGAGCUGGGCUCUCACGGCGGCUGGGCGACGGCGUGGAGCGCCAUGACGACGGCGCACAAGAGCCAGAUGGUUUGGUUCCGGUACGGCUGGAUCGCGUUGAGCAGAUACAUGGUACUCAACGAUCUGCGGCUGGAAAAGGUCGAGGCCGAGGACGGGAACGCAAAGGCCUGACUUGCGCCGCAAUGCCAACAGUCCAAAAAAAACGGAGAACGAACCGGGAGACUAAAAAAAACAAAUCAAAAGAAAAGCCCGCAUACCACCUAUCUAGCAUCUCGCACUCAUUCUUCCCCUCCCUUCUUCAUCAUAUGCAGGCGUUUUAUUCAUGGGUUUUUAACCCCAUGUGCUUGUUUCAAGUCAGUAAGAUGGCAUACACUCUCGGUACACAUUCAUCAGCGUUGCGAGCACAGCACGAAGGGCACUACAUAGCCGCAUGCAUGGUAUAUACUUGUUCUCUGUCCUCUUCUACAUCCGUGGGUAGUGUUUAUUUUAUGUACAGAACACACAAUGGCGUCUCCGCAGCCAUUACAUAACCCCGUUCGGCGUACAAUGCCACCCAAGUUACCAUACAAGGGCCUUCAGAACCGCUUUCUUGUCCAGCUCCUUGAUGUUGGUCUCGGUCGUGGCCGUGGCCGUGUCCAUGUUCAUGCCCAAUUCCUCCUCCCUUGAGUCGUUCUGCACCAUGGCCUUCCCACUGCGUAGAAACCGUUCGUCCUCUCCGAACCUCAACUGUCGCCGUUGGCGGACCAUCCUCCUUGUGGCGUGUCGAAUGGUAAUCGGCAUGCUCUCGUACGCCGGCUCGCCCGACAGGGUCAUCACGGGGACCAGGUCCUCGGGCUUAGUCGCGCCAUCAGAGUUGGCGUACUUCACACGGCUCGGGUCCGGGGCCAGUCGUUGCGUUGGCGCACCAGGGACGAGACGCUUCACCCACCUGGUCUUCUGGUUCGUCUCCGUGUUUGCGAUCCUCACGGUCCCCCCGUUCGUAGUGUAGGUAAUCGGAUCCGGCAGGAAGCGGUAGAAGUCGCCGACGAAGUGAGGGAUGAUCUGGGGGGAGAGAUGUGGCCGGUGUCGCAACCUUUUGCUUGUCCGGCGAAGCCACUGCUGGCACCAGCGCUGGAUGGUGUACCACAUCAUGUGCUUCCUGGUCUUGAGACGUAGAUGGCGAGCAAUAGAGCUCGGCGGAGGCGAAGGGUAAAGCGAUUCGAACAACGCUUCCUCGACCUCUUCACACAGCGAAUCGUACUCGGCACGGCGGUGCUUUAUGGCUUCCCAAGACUCGUCGAGCCUUCCGGCACUGAUCAACGAUUUGACGUAGAUAUCUGUUUCGUGAAGGCCGACGUCCGCCAGGAAAGGCUCGCCCCGCAUGGUGUCCCACAACGAAAGCACCUCAUCCGCACGGAUCAUCCUGUUGUUGUCGCCCAUUAUUCUCCAUUCCCUGUUGGCGGGUGCAGAAGACAGGAUAUAAGUCCAUUCGAGGAGCGAGGACCAGGAGCUUUGCGGUAUCGGGAUUUGCCAUCGCUGAGAGAUGUACACAAUUAGCUUUCGAGCAAGAAUAACGUGACCGCUACAUCCGAACGAUUGCACGAUGGCGUGGAUCAGGCGCUCCGUCGGCUGCAGUAAUGGGUUCAAGUUUCUCCUCUGAACGCCACCGACGAUUUGUGCUGCUCGAUGAUCCUGCAAGUCCGUGAUCUUGAUCUUCCAUGUCCGCCAGAGAAGUCCGAUCAUAUCCCGGAAUGAGCCCGCACGCGCACUUGCCAAAAGAUACGCGCAGUAAAACUCCUCGUCCACCACCUUUCGCUCUCUCUGGAUAUAGCGUCGGAGUCGUCUCACGGGUGCGGGCAGACUAAGAAGACGGUGCAUGUCGUGGGUCGGCAGCCAGCGAGCGCGGCCGAAGCUGUCUCGCUUGUGUGAAGCAAUACUCAACCGCAAUUUCUCGAGUGGCCAAAGCAGUCGGGUUUCAGCGAAUCCCUUCCUGCGUCUGGCCAUGUUGCGCGGGCGUAACCGGAACCUAGCCAGAUCAUUCUGGGUGUAGGUCGGGUCCGUGAGGAACCGGGUUUUGAAGUACUCGGCAAAGACCAACCCGUCUCUGGGAUUGCCAACGACGUCGCCCUUCAAUUCCCCGUGCCAGAUUCCCUUGGCCGCCUCAAAAUCAGAAGCAGCUCCGGCGCAUCGCAAAAGAACGACGUAGUCUGCUCGCGAGGGGUCAUUGCCUUGGUAGGACCGCAGGUCAAACAGGGAGCGCAAUGCGUUGAAGGCGUUCCUGUAGAUCUUUCGAAUACCGUAUUGGUCUGCAACGGACGCGACAGAGCUGAACUGGCCAAGGCCACUCUGGAUGCGCAGACCGUGGGUUGCGUCGCUUCUGGGUCCGACUCGGGAAGGAUCCAGAGACCGCACAAUCUCGGAAAAUGCAGUGGGUGAAAGCUUUUGCAAUGCUUCGGCAACCUCGAUCGGCUGUGGAUGGCGUGCCAGUGCAACAACGCCUCUCAAGAUGGUGUUUGUAUCCUGCGACUGGACCGCCUUGAGCACAUGCGCAAGGUGGACCCCGGGAGACUCGGCAUACUUCUCCUUCACGGGCGCAAUUGCGGCUUCGAGGUAGUGGGAUUGGGAGAGUGCUCUCGUCGAGAGACCCGGCUGGGUUCGGAGGGCGGAUGGUCUUCUUGCAGGGGCUGCCGUGGACCAAAGGCGAUAUUGUUGAGGGACUCUUCGCAUCCGAGCCGACAAAACUCGUGAGGGGGUACCGCGAGGAAGGGAGCAAAGAGGGAGCGGAAGCAGCUGUCGAGCGCCAAUGGCCUCGACAGCAGGUAUCAUGAUGGAAGAAUGGGAUAUUCUCGGGUCAUGUCCAGUGAGGAGAAGGAGGAGGAGGAGGAGAAGGAGGAGGCCAGAGGCGAAGGCGCAGCCGUGAGAAAGUGUGCGUAUGUAGGUAAGAAAAACAAAGUCGUUGGAGGAAGACAGAGAAGAGGAGAUAGGUAAGGUACCUUGCUGUAGGUAGUUGGCUACACCUAGCCUGCUGUCAUUGCGCCACCUCCUCCUUCUCUUCCUCCUCCUCGCUGCCAAUGACAAUAGCCCCAACAGCUUCUCCAACUCCUCUUCUGCCGUCUCCCCCUCCUUCUCCUUCCUCCCUGCCUCCUCUCGGCCCCAAACAGAGGUCCUGUAGUACGUACUGCACUGCAAGUGUCUGCUUUUGGACCCUGUCCCCUUCGGCCCCUUCCUCCCCAGCUCCAGC